ACGUGUUUCCGGGCGGGGCGGGGCGGGCCGCUUGACGGCGCCGCUGCUGGUGGUGAUGGUGAUGAUGAUGGCGGUGCUGUCCAUGAUGAUGGUGAUGUGGGCAGCGAUCGGCGUCGGGCCGCGGGCCUCCGGCAGCCUGUGAGGCGGGACACCGGCCGCGGGAAGAAGGAGCUCCAGUCGCUGGGCGAGGCGAGGCGAGGCCGUGGACCGGCGUUGUGUGUGUGCAGGCAGCCAUGAUCCGCUGGAUACGGGAGCAACUGGGAUUUGACCCGCCACAUCAGAGUCCCACAAGGACAAUUUAUGUUUCCAAUCAGUUCCCUGAGCACAGUCCUUUUGUUCGCCAGAAGUUUCCAGACAAUCGGAUAAUAUCGUCCAAGUACACGCUAUGGAAUUUUAUCCCAAAAAAUUUAUUUGAACAAUUCCGAAGAAUAGCCAACUUCUACUUUCUUGUAAUUUUUCUUGUACAAUUGAUGAUAGAUACUCCGACUAGUCCUUUCACAAGUGGGCUGCCAUUAUUUUUUGUAAUUACCGUAACAGCAAUUAAACAGGGUUAUGAAGAUUUGUUACGACAUAAAGCAGACAAUGAAGUAAAUAACACUCCUGUGUAUGUAAUUCGAAGUGGGGGGCUUGUCCAGACAAGAUCACAAAACAUAAGGGUUGGUGACAUUGUCAAAAUAGAAAAUGAUCAAACAUUUCCGACAGAUUUAGUGCUGCUGUCAACUGACCAUGCGAAUGGGACAUGUUAUGUCACUACAGCAAGUUUGGAUGGAGAAACCAGUCUGAAGACCCAUCGUGCAGUUCCAGAAAUAGCAAAGUUGCAGACCGUUUCUCAGCUGGACACACUGAGGGCUGUUAUAACCUGUCACCAACCUGAACCAGAUUUAUAUAGAUUUGUUGGACAGAUUGCAAUAAAUAGCCCAGAAGAAGAAAUAGUGAGACCUCUGGGACCAGAAAACCUUCUACUUAAAGGAGCAAGUUUGAAAAAUACCAACCAAGUUUUUGGUGUGGCUGUUUACACAGGAAUGGAUGCUAAAAUUGCCUUGAACUACAAAAGCAAAUCACAGAAACGUUCCUCUGUAGAAAAGUCUAUGAACACUUUUCUGAUUGUCUUUCUGGAAAUUCUCGUGAUUGAAGCAGUUAUUAGUACUAUCUUAAAAUAUAGUUGGUUGCGUGAAUAUCCAUACAAUGAAAGAACUGUACAAGAAAAAAACAGCAGCAGAAUUUUGACGGGUAUAUCUGAUUUCUUGGCUUUCAUGGUGCUAUACAACUACAUCAUUCCAAUCUCACUUUAUGUCACCGUUGAGAUGCAAAAAUUCUUGGGAUCCUUUUUUAUUGUGUGGGAUCGCGAUUUGUACCACGAGGCUUCAAGUCAGCGGGCACAGGUUAACACAUCGGACCUUAAUGAAGAGCUUGGACAGGUGGAAUAUCUAUUAACAGACAAAACUGGAACAUUGACUGAAAAUGAAAUGAAAUUCAGGGAAUGCUCCAUUAAUGGCAUUAAAUACAGAUAUACCAACGGCACUUUGGUCGCUGACGGAGCGACUGGAGAGAUUAACGGACAAACAUUUACUAAUGAAGAAGUGAUGUUCUUGAAGGCAAUAUCACUGUGCCACACCGUGCAUAUUAGUGAUUUGGAAGAGACUAAUAGACCUACUUUGAGGCAUGUUGCUGCUGAUGUAUCCAAAGUACAAUACUAUGCUGCCUCACCAGAUGAAAUAGCUUUGGUAGAAGCUGCCAGAAGGAUCGGAGUUGCAUUUGCAGAAUCUGAUGGCAAUAAUAUAAUACUUAACAUAUUUGGAAAGACUGAAAGAUACAAACUUCUUGAUGUUUUAGAGUUUGAUGCAGAUCGCAGGCGAAUGAGUGUGAUUGUUGAAAUGCCAGAAGAAAAAAUGAUAAUGUUUACUAAAGGGGCGGAAUCCUCCAUCAUUCCAUUAGCAAGAUCCGGGGCAGUAACUGAAAUGAGUGCACAUGUGGAUGAACUUGCCAUGAAAGGAUUACGAACACUCUGUAUAGCUUGUAAAUAUCUAUCCAUAGAAGAGUAUGAAGAGAUCAAAUCUCAGCUGGUUGAAGCCAGGACGUCUCUGCAUCAACGUGAGCAAGUAGUAGCAGAUGUGUUCAAUAUUAUUGAGAAAGAUCUCCACCUACUGGGGAUUUCUGGAAUUGAGGACAAGUUGCAAGAAAAAGUACCUGAGACAAUAGAGGCUCUUAAAUUGGCAGGCAUCAAGGUGUGGGUUCUUACAGGUGAUAAACAAGAAACUGCAAUUAGUGUGUGUUUAUCCAGUGGACAUUUUCACAAGUCAAUGAAUAUUUUGGAACUUACUAAUCAGAAAUCAGAAGGUGAAUGUGCGCUGCAACUUCAUAGCCUGAGUGUCAGAAUAAAACGGGAUCACGUGGCGCAACAUGGUUUGGUUGUAGAUGGAAUUAGCCUUACAUAUGCACUCAGGAAACAUGAAGGAUUGUUCAUGGAAAUUAGCAAAAGCUGCACUGCUGUGUUAUGUUGUCGAAUGGCACCACUGCAAAAAGCAAAAGUAGUCAGACUUUUGAAGUUAUUGCCAAACAAACCAAUUACCUUGGCAAUUGGCGAUGGUGCAAAUGAUGUCAGCAUGAUACUGGAAGCAAAUAUUGGUAUAGGAAUUAUGGGUAAAGAAGGAAGGCAAGCAGUGAGAAACAGUGAUUAUGCAAUAGCGAGAUUCUGCUUCAUCACUAAAUUGCUUUUUGUCCAUGGUCACCUCUAUUAUGUUAGAAUAGCACAUCUUGUACAGUACUUUUUUUAUAAGAAUGUCUGUUUUAUCACACCUCAGUUCAUAUACCAGUUCUUCUGUAUGUUUUCACAACAGACAUUGUAUGAUGGUGCUUUUCUGACGUUAUACAACAUUUGCUUCACUUCCUUACCCAUCCUCAUGUACAGUUUGUUUGAACAAGAUGUGCACCCUCGGACAUUACAUAGUAAACCAGCAUUGUACAAGGAGAUUAGCAAAAAUGAGAUUUUGUCUCUCAAAAGAUUUCUGUAUUGGACUCUGCUAGGAUUUUGUCAUGCCUUUAUAUUUUUCUUUGGUGCUUAUCUUCUGAGGGGAGAAAAUACAUCUAUGAUGGGAAAUGGCCAGAUGUUUGGAAAUUGGACAUUUGGCUUUCUAGUCUUCACGGUUAUGUUUAUAACUGUUACCUUAAAGCUUGGAAUAGAGACAUAUUACUGGACCUGGAUAAACCACUUUGUUAUGUGGGGUUCAGUCAUUUUUUACUUUGCCUUCGCUUUGGCUUAUGGAGCUACACUUUGGCCAUUUUUGCAGUUACAAAGUAUAUAUGCAGUCUUCAACCACUUGUUGUCCAGUGCUCAGGUCUGGCUUGGCAUUAUCGUCAUAGUAGUUGGCUGUUUGUUCCCAGAUAUCCUAAGAAAAGUAUUCUGGAGACAUUCACGACCAACUUUGGCACAAAGAUCGCAGAUACACAUCAACAAAAUUGCUUUAGGGGAUGACAGGAUCGCUCUACAGCCUUUGGCAAUGGCCAGGAAUCAACUGAGCAAGAUUAGUUAUUGGAGACCAGCAAUGGCAUCACCUGCUUGGAAUCGAUUUGCUGUUACUCAAGCAGAGAAACAGGAUGUUCACCUUUUAGAAGAGUACUAGAACAAAUAAUGGGAAGAUGCAAUUUGUUGCGAGUCAACAGAUCUUGGAGUGACUCGGAUCCUUACUGCACAAAUGACAGAACCAUUUUGACACUCUCAUCAAUGGAUGGCCCAACACAUGCAUCAAGGAUUUAAUAAUUGAGGAAAGACAUGAUGGAUGCUAUGUCUUUUUAAGCUGUUUGUUUUUGAGUUUGCUAUUUACCUCGAAGUCAAGGGGAGAAUGAAAAUAUAUAUGUAAAUAUCUGCCCUUAGCCACUUUACAUUUAUAUAUUUUUUUGCAUGUAUGCCCUACUCUCGCCCAAAUAAGGUACUGCAUUUGAGAAGAAGCAAGGUCAGUACUGACAAUUAAGAUUGUAAUUUAUUUGUAAAUAGUUGUAACUUUCCAUAUUUUCCUCUUUUUACAAAAUGAUCUAUUUCUGGAGCUAUAUUUUUCUAUUUCUGCUUUCUCAGAUGGAGUGGGAUAACAAUUUUCAAUCCCUUUUGGUAAAAUGGUACAAUCCCUUUUGGACACAAUCCAUACAAAUAUUUUUUUUUACAUUAUAAGGUGGCUAUUUAAGUCAAACAUGUAAUUAUUUGGAAAUGGAAUUUCAUGCAACUGAUAUUCUUAUAAACCUCAGACUCUGGAAGCAUCUUUUCCAUUCUAAUUGUUCUCCCCUUUGGUCGCUUCAGUCAGUAAUUAACUGAAUGAUAAACCCAUGAGUAGAAGUGGUUUGGAGUUAACAAUAGUGAAGGAAUAGGCAAGGUCUUGCAAUAUAUAUUUUUUAAUGGUGAUCAACAUGUUUUUUGUUUGAUGCACAGUUGUCCCUUUUUAUCUAAAGUUGAUAUUUGGGAAAACUGGACAUGAAAAUAGUGGCUGGGGACUUGCAAUUCAGCAAGCAGUUGAAAUGAAUGAAUGAAAAAUUAGUCUGGUGAAUGUAGAUGUGGAGUUCGCCUAGGCUUCAAGAACUUAGCAGCUUCUUAUUACAGGAUAUUUGGUUAUAAUAAAAAGCAGAGGGGCUGAUCAUAAGAUCAAGGGAGCUAGGAUUUUUUUAAUGUUGCUGUAAGUUAUUGAGGUCAAGAGUGUAUGUUAACGAGUUUUGGGAAGCAUUAUUUGAGGCUUUGAAACACGUUCUGUACUUUUAUAUAUUAGAGUGUUUAAAAAAUCUAGAUAAGUAACCCAUAUUUAAGUCAUCUAUAAACAUCAGUUCAACUUUUACAUCGCGUUGGUUUCAGUGAUUUUAUAUAAAAUUACAUUCCUUGUAUUAUCAACAAGUUAAUAUUGCCAAACUGUAAUGUGAUAAGUAAUUGCAUGUCUCAAGCUGGCAAUUGCCAAGUUAAUUUGUUUCCAAUGUACAUCAGCAUUUGUGGAAAACAUUGUUCAUAUUACAAAACUGAAUUAUGAAAACCAAAGCCCAUUCUGACCUAUUGUCGCAGCGAGUCAAUAAGGUUUUUUAUCCAAAGGAGAGUAAUGAAUAGUCAAAAUGCCGUUAUAUUUUCAUUUGGUUUACAGUUUCCCUGCAGACCUUCAAACGUUACAUUGUGAUUGCAUUUCCCAGUUAUUUAUUUCAAAUGUUUGCUGUUUUUCAACCAGUUAAAAUGAAAUCAAUUAAAAAAAUCUGUAAUUUAACAGUAACAGAUAAUCAUCUGUUAUGUAUAAUUUAACAUGGUAUUGCAUUGAACUUUCAUUAGUCACACCUCAGUCCUUAGUUUCCAUAUCUAUGAUACUACAGAUAUUUGCCAGACUGUUUAUACUUCCACAGGAAUUGAUUUCCCCAUUGAAUAUGAUUACUGUAUAAAACAAUGCAAAACACAUUUAAUCAGGUAAAUGGUUUAAAUUGUGUAAGAAGGAACUGCAGAUGCUGGUUUAAACCAAAGAUAGACACGAAAAGCUGGAGUAACUCAGACCAUUCUGGAGAAGGAUCUCGACCCGAAACGUCACCCAUCCCUUCUCUCCAGAGAUACUGCCUGUCCCGCUGAGUUACCCCAGCUUUUUGUGUCUAUAAAUGGUUUAAAGUAUUUCACUGAGAAUUGGGGGAAAAAGUCUUGUUACCUAUUAGUGAAUGUUUUGGGUUUUAGAAUGCAAGAAUAUACAGUUAUUUACUCAGUUAGGACACUGAUUUGUGAAAAAAAACCUGAUAUAAAUAGUCAAACUCCUAUUUAAGGUAACAGGUGGUGUUUAAAAAAAAAAAGAUCUUACUAAUGUCCCUGUUAAGAAAAUAUAAAGUCCUGGUGUGGUCUGGAAAACAUAAUAUAGUAAAUUUCUUUAUCCUUUCACGUCUGCAGUUCAAAAUCAUAGAUGCUCACCGAGUGCAGUAAAAGUAAAUGUUGUAAUUCCACAAACUGGUCAGGAUUGGACAUGUUACUGGCCUUGCUUGGUGCAGCAACUAUGGUCAAUAUUGAAGCUAGUUUUAUGCCAGAAUAUGGAAUAUUUCUAAAAUGCUUUUAAAUCUGAGUUGAUAUUUGGAGUGAGUAAAACUGAACUAACAUCAUGCCUUCUAAAUUGGAUUUAAGGAAGAGAAAAUUCUGCUCAUUAAAAUGUAAACGCCUUUUCUAAAUCUGCACCCUGACUUUUUUCAAAGUCUAUCUUGUUCUUUUGUAUAAUGGAAAUGAAAAUACUAGAGCUUGACCUGAAAGAAAUCUUUUGCCAUGUUGGCAAACAACUAUACAGCUUCAGGCAGGUGUAGGACCUCAAAGCUCCCUGUUUGUAACAAGUGAUUAUUUUCGUUAAUAAAUGUGUGGUGCAGAUCCUUUUGGUACAAUUCAUUUUAGUAGCAAUAAAAACCUGGAAAAUGUGGAUCUUGGGCUCUAGUUGUCAAUAUUUUGUGGGUUCACAUUAUAUUUUUAAAAUUAUAAUUGUUCUUUGAUUUGUCUCAAGCUAUUCUACAUUGGUGAAACAUUGUCUACAACAUUUACGUUCGUAUUUACCAAUAAAGUAAAAAAUAAAGUUAAAA